AUGUGCCACCAUGUAUCAGUACCACCGGGCAAUCCGCCCACCAACGGCGCGCCUCCUCCCCUCCAAACUGAACCCACUCCCAAUAUUUUCGACAGAGCCUCUGGGUGGAAGCUCUUGGAAGCGGCAUCACCACCACCGAAGCAACGACAGCACCCCGUCACUGCUUCACCCCUCGACGCCGGUCGAUCCCAUCACCAUGUCCCUAAAUAUUCCCCAGGCCCCAAACUCGGGUCUUUUCAAGCAGGGCUACAACAAGUACGCGCACCGCCUCUCCCAGCUCUUCUCCCCGCGACCCCUAUGCCCCGCCAUCUAGACACAACAAGUCUCCUCCAGCGCGCACAACUGCUAACUCUACCGCCCCUCUGCUUUAGCUACGACUCGGAAGAUGGCGCUGUUCUACGCAACAUCGACGCGUGCCGUGCCAUCGCCCAGACCGUCCAGACCUCGCUGGGUCCGUAUGGCCGCAACAAGGUCGUCAUUAACCAUCUGCAAAAGAUGAUCCUCACCUCCGAUGCUGCCACGAUCCUCCGCGAGCUCGACGUUGUCCACCCCGCCGCCAAGCUCCUCGUCAUGGCUUCCCAGCAGCAGGAGGCUGAGAUGGGCGACGCCACAAAUUUUGUCAUCAUCCUCGCGGGUGAGCUGCUCCGCAAGGCAGAGGAUCUGCUACGCAUGGGCCUCAAGACCGCCGACAUUGUUCUGGGCUACGAGAGGGCCCAAAAGUUUGCCCUCGAUACCCUUGAGAAGCUGGCCGUCGACAAGGUCGAGAACAUCCGCGACCAGGAGGAGCUCACCAAGGCUCUGCGCACCGUCAUUGCCAGCAAGCAAAACGGCAAUGAGGAUACCCUAGCUGACCUGGUCGCCGAGGCUGUCCUCGCUGUCCUCCCAAAGAACCCCGCCAACUUCAAUGUCGACAACAUUCGCGUCGUCAAGAUCAUGGGCGGCAAUCUGGAGCAGAGCCGUGUGGUGCGCGGCAUGGUCUUCCCCAAGGAGCCUCACGGGUCCGUGAAGAAGGCCCGGCGCUCCAAGGUCGCCGUCUUCACUUGCCCCAUUGAUACCAGCAAGACGGAGACCAAGGGCACAGUGCUACUGCAUAACGCCAAGGAGAUGAUGGACUUCACCAAAGGCGAGGAGAACCAGCUUGAGACUGCCAUCAAGGAGCUCUACGAUGCCGGUGUCCGUGUCGUCGUCUGCGGCGACAGCAUUGGAGAUCUUGCUCUCCACUACCUGAACAGAUUCGGCCUUCUCGCCAUCAAGAUUCUUUCCAAGUUUGAUCUCCGUAGAAUAUGCCGCGUCGUCGGCGCCACACCCCUGGCUCGCCUCGGCGCCCCCAUGCCCGACGAAAUGGGCAACAUUGAUGUUGUCGAGACCAUGGAGAUUGGUGGUGACCGUGUUACCGUCUUCCGCCAGGAGGACGAGGUUACCCGAACAGCGACGCUGGUCCUCCGCGGUGCCACGCAGAACCACCUCGACGACCUUGAGCGCGCCGUCGAUGAUGGCGUCAACGUGGUCAAGGCUAUCACCAAGGACCCCCGCCUGGUCCCUGGCGCGGGUGCCACCGAGAUUCAGCUAAGCACCAAGAUUCAGGCGCACGGUGACAAGACCUCCGGACUCAGUCAGUACGCCAUCAAGAAGUAUGGCGAGGCUUUCGAGGUCAUCCCCCGCACACUCGCCGAGAGCUGCGGCCUCGACGCCACCGAGGUGCUAUCCAGACUAUACGCCGCCCACCACAAGGAAGAGGAUGGUGAUACUGGCGUGGAUAUAGAGAACUCUGACGGAACCGGCCUUCUCGACUCGCAAGAAGAAGGCAUCCUCGACCUGCUGGCCUCCAAGUACUGGGCCAUCAAGCUUGCCACCGAGGCGGCCCGCACAGUUCUCUCUGUUGACCAGAUCAUCGUCGCUCGCCAAGCAGGUGGCCCUAAGCCCCCGGGCCCCAACCCUAACUGGGACGAUGACUAA